GGGGCGAUGAGGGGGAGAAUGCAGGGGAGGCAGCGGCUAAGGGUACCAAGCGGAAGGAGGAGAUGGUGGAGCAUUUAUCAGAGGAGCCCCAAGUUGGUGCUGACUCCGCCCCCAGGCACCCUCCCAAGAGGCCCCUGGUCCGGGGCCGGGGGCCUGUCAGCAGCAUCUUUCGCAGUGCCUUGACCAGCAUCCUGAAGACACCGGCCCUACAGACCCGGCGAGAGCCGAAGAGGAGUGAGGAGCCACAGCCAGACUGGGGGGAGGCGGAGCACCAGGGUUCGAUGGCACCGACCACUCACCCUCAACGCCGCCAAGGUCACAGGCCCCAACCCGGGAGGUCCUUGAGAGGGCGGAGGAGUUGGAUCCCGAAACUGAGGCAGCAUCAACAGUGAGACGUGCCCGCCGCCUGGACAGCACAGACAGCCUGGGGGGGAUGUCACCCUCCGAAGCCAUGGUGCUCCAAUGCAAGAACAUUCCAGCCAGUCUUAACAGCAAGGACAUCCUGGGGGAACAUUUCCGCCAGUUCGGACGUGUGCAGCGGAUCUUCUGCAGGCCCCAGAAGAACCUGGCCAUAGUGCACUUCCACGACCAUGCUUCUGCUGCCAAAGCCAAGAAGAAGGGCAAACUGCUGCGCAGGCAUGAGCUCACCAUCUUCUGGCAGAGGAAGAAGCAGAGUCCAGGAGAGAAGGGCCAAAGGCCUCCAGAUGACCCUGAUCCUCAGAGCCAGGCAGGAGGCUUUGAGUCAGCCCCUGUCUGCAAAGCCCUCUCCAAAUCCACCUCCGGCUGGUCCUCCAGCUCAUCCCUAUCCAGAGGGUCACCAGCCAAGAAACCCCUGGCGACAAAGGCCCUGCAGUUUGAGAGUGAGCCGCAGAUGGAGCCCAGCCCAGACGGCCUCGAAUCCGAACAUCUAGCCAGCAGCCUCCCCUCUCCCCUCUUCCACCUGAUUGGCCAGGUAGCUGAAACCGCAGAGGAGAAGUAUCGUCUGCUAGAGCAGCGGGACAAGAUCCUGCGACAGGCUCGGCCCAAGAGGACCGACCUGGAUCUGUCCAAGGUGUUUGUGGGUACGUGUCCUGACAUGUGUCCGGAGAAGGAGCGUUACAUGAGGGAGACCCGGAACCAACUGAGCUCUUUUGAGGUCAUCCCCAACACGGAGAAGGUGGACCACACUGCUGCCAUUAAGGAGUACAGCAGGUCCUCUGCUGACCAGGAGGAGCCCCUCCCCCAUGAACUGCGGCCCCUUACUGUGCUGAACAUGACCAUGAACUACCUGGUUACCCAGGUCAUGGACCAGGGUGAGGACAACUACCGUGACUGGUAUGACUUUGUGUGGAACCGCACACGAGGUAUCCGGAAGGAUAUCACUCAGCAGCACCUGUGCGACCCGCUUACGGUGUCCCUUAUUGAAAAGUGCGCCCGCUUCCACAUCCACUGCGCACACCACCUGUGCCAGGAGCCCAUGAUGUCCUUUGAUGCUAAGAUCAACAAUGAAAACCUGACCAAAUGCCUGCAGAGCCUCAAGGAGAUGUACCAGGACCUGGCCAGCAAGAACAUCUACUGCCCUCAUGAGGCAGAGUUUCGGCAGUACAGCGUGCUCCUGAAGCUCAAUGAUGGAGACAUCCUCCGGGAGGUGCAGCAAUUCCGGGCGGAGCUCCGAAACUCUCCGGAGGUGAAGUUUGCCGUCCAGGCCUUUGCCGCUGUGAACAGCAACAACUUCGUGAGGUUCUUCAAGCUGGUCAAGGUGGCCUCGUAUCUGGCUGGUUGCAUCUUGCACCGCUACUUCGACCAGGUGCGCCGUGAGGCUCUGCGGGCCCUGAAUGUGGCCUACAGCUCCCGUGGUUCCACCACAUUCCCGGUCGAAGACCUGGUCCGGAUGCUCAUGUUCCAGAAUGCCGGCGAGGCUUCGGACCUCGCGCUGCAGUAUGGGCUCGCGGUCGAUGCAGGCAUGGUGGAGCUAAGCCGGACAGCGUACCAGGAGCCUGAGAUCCAGCCACGUCCAAAGCGCUCUGUGGCCAUCGCAAGGAAGCGGGAGGUGCUGGUGGGCCAAGUGGUCAACGGCGCGCCACUGCCCAACCCACCCCAACACACACCCGUCAACAGCUUUGACAGCCGCAACAAGUACCGUGGGGAUGGGCAGCCAGCGGAGGCAGGCAGUGUGCCCAGGGCUGCAGCCUCCCCUCAGAGGCCCCCCAUUGAGCUGGAUGCGCGGGCCCUCCAGCACCGAUCCAAGAUGCCGAGCGACCCAGCGGAGUCAGCUGGCCUCCCUGGUAGAGAGGAGAGUGGAGCACUUGGGGCAUCUCCGUCGGAGGCACCACCAGUCGCCCCACCUACGCCUCCCCCACCGGAGCCCGUUUACACAGAGCAGGACAUCGCCACGGAGGUAGAGGCCAUGCUGGAGGAGGUAGUGCAGGCCGAGGUGGCUGACGUGGCUGCCACCGGAGCCGAGUACAUCUCUGCUGCACUCAGCAUGUGCAACGGCCAGGUGGAGGCAGUGCUGAGUGAGGUGGUGGAGCAGAUGCUGCAGGAGGUUUCUGCUGCCGAGAUCCAGGCAGAGAGGGAGCAUAUCGCUGAGGAGAAGCGCAGGAUGGAGGAAGCCAGGAGAAAGCAGGAACACGAGGAGCUCCUGGCCCGGCUCAGCAAGACACUGUGUGCCGAGAUCACACAGGAGGUGCUGCGCGACUGCAUCGUGGAGACUGCCUCAACAGAGAUCAGGCGUGCCCAAGAAGAGCAGGCAGAAUGUGUGGCUCGCAGCUCACAAGACGUGUGUGAGGUACUGCUGGAGGAGACGCUGUGUGGUGAGCUCACCCUGCUGGCCCAAGACGUCCUGGAAGCAGAGCUUCUGAGUAUACGCAGGUUCAUCAAAAGGUGGCGUGAUGUGGUGGCCGUGCGCAGGCAGCUGAAGCGACAGAUGCGUGAUUUUCCUGCUGCCCCUGGCUGUGUGGACCCCCGCUUCAGGCUGCAGGCCUUGGCCCCCAGUGCCCCCCCCUCACCCUGCCUGGACAGGCUGGCCCGGGGCGUGGUCAACCUGGGGCACGCUGGGGACCUCUCUGUUUCCUGCACCAGGUUGGCGAAGAUGCGAAGGGAAACCGAGCAUCAGAUGAAGGUCCACUUGUUCUACCAGCAGCUCCUGAGCGAAUCUGUGUGGGGGCCACUGGACCUGCUCAGUCUGGUGGCAGCAAGCGUCUCGAACCCAUCUGACACAAUCUUCUGGAAGGCAGCCCUCUUGUUGCCAAGUGAUCAUGAAAGAGAUGCCAGUGUUGCUAACCAGAUUUUGACAGAAUGGCUGGAGUCCAAAUUCGGUAACUCGGAGAAGCAAGAACACAGGGAGAUGGUCCCCCAACGGACACAUGCAAACCUUGAGCAUCAGCAGCGGCCUGCGGAGCGUGGGGGAGCGCAUGCACACAGUGCACGUGUGUGUGAAGGUGGCCCGCGGGCCCCUCAGCGAGGAAGGCCAGUUGGCAUUGGAGAAGCGGAAGGGGCUGAUGGGCAUGGGCGCCCUGCUGAUGCUGCUGCCCUCGGCAGUCAGUCCCGGGGCUGAUGAGGAAGACGGGGACAUCUUCCUGUUAUCCGCCCUGCUGCAGCUCCGGCAGAUCCAGCAGGCUAAUGCCUGGCCACAGGCCCUUCCUCUGGUGGUGGUGGUCCCAGGGCAGGCUGGGCACAGGGCCAGCGAUG